AUGCUGCCAGAUCAGGGUCUGAGGACAUUUGAGGAGAUGUUUGUUGAUUUCACCGAGGAGGAGUGGGCCCUGCUGGAUCCAGACCAAAGAAGGCUUCACAAGGAAGUCAUGGAGGACAAUUAUCAGAAUGUGGCCUCUCUCGAAGGGCUUCAGCUUCUCCAACCUGAUUCCAUGUCCCAAGUGGAAGAAGCAGGAGAUUCGCUUGUCCAAGACGCAGAGGAAACAGAGAGUUCAACAGUGGCUGAUGGUGCCCAGAAAAAGCCCGAGGGUGAACCACAACACCUUCUGCUUGACGGAAAACAGCAGAAAAGAAAUGCUGGAACAAAAAGGAAGAGGUGGAAUAAAUGCUCUGCUUCUCAGGCUGCUGAAUCCCAGGUGUUUGAUACACAGCGGAGAAUCCACAGAGGGGAGAAACCUGAUAAAUGCUUGGAUCGUAGAAGGAGCUUUGCUUGGAAGGGAGAUGGUACUGGCCAUCAAGGUAUCCACACUGGGGAAAAACCGAAUAAAUGCUUGCAGUGCGGAAAGGGCUUUGCUCGGAGUUCAUGUCUUACUGUCCACCAACGUAUCCACACAGGGGAGAAACCAUUUAAAUGCUUGCAGUGUGAAAAGUGCUUUGCUUCAAGUUCAGAGCUUACUAUCCAUCAGCGUGUCCACACGGGGGAGAAACCUUAUAUAUGCUUGCAGUGUGGAAAGAGAUUUACUCAGAAUUCCCACCUUACUAGACAUCAGCAUAUCCACACUGGGGAGAAACCUUAUAAAUGCUUGUGGUGUGAAAAGGGCUUUGCUGAGAGUUCAGAGCUUACUAGACAUCAGUAUAUCCACACUGGGGAGAAACCUUAUAAAUGCUUGCAGUGUGGAAAGAGCUUUGCUCGGAGUUCACAGCUUACUGUCCAUCAGCGUAUCCACACUGGGGAGAAACCUUAUAAAUGCUCGCACUGUGCAAAGAGCUUUGCUGGGAGUUCACAGCUUACUGUCCAUCAGCGUAUCCACACUGGGGAGGAACCUUAUAAAUGCUCGCACUGUGGAAAGAACUUUGCUGGGAGUUCAGAGCUUACUGUCCAUCAGCGUAUCCACACUGGGGAGAAACCGUAUAAAUGCUUGCAUUGUGGGAAGAGUUUUCGUAGGAGUUCACAUCUUACUAUCCAUCAGCGUAUCCACAGUGGGGAGAAACCUUAUAAAUGCUUGCAGUGUGGAAAGAGCUUUGUUUGGUGUUCAGAGCUUACUAGACAUCAGCGUAUCCACACUGGUGAGAAACCUUAUAAAUGCUUGGAGUGUGGAAAGAGCCUUGUUUGGCGUUCAGAGCUUACUAAACAUCAGCGUAUCCACAGUGGGGAGAAACCUUAUAAAUGCUUGGAGUGUGGAAAGAGCUUUGUUUGGUGUUCAGAGCUUACUGUCCAUCAGCGUAUCCACACUGGGGAGAAACCUUAUAAAUGCCUGCAGUGUGGAAAGGGAUUUGCUCAGAGUUCAAAGCUUACUGUCCAUCAACGUACCCACACUGGGGAGAAACCUUUUAAAUGCUUGCAAUGUGGAAUGGGCUUUGCUCAGAGUUCAAAGCUUACUGUCCAUCAACGUACCCACACUGGGGAGAAACCUUUUAAAUGUUUGCAGUGUAAAAAGGGCUUUGCUCAGAAUGCACAUCUUAUUGUCCAUCAACGUAUCCACACUGGUGAGAAACCUUACAAAUGCUUGCAAUGUGGAAAGAACUUUGCUCAGAGUGCACACCUUACUAUCCAUCAGCGUAUCCACACUGGGGAGAAACCUUAUAAGUGUUUGCAGUGUGGAAAGAGCUUUGUUUCAAGUUCAGAGCUUACUUCCCAUCAGCGUAUCCACACUGGUGAGAAACCUUAUAAAUGCUUGCAGUGUGGAAAGAGCUUUGCUGGGAGUUCAAAGCUUACUAGACAUCAACGU